GUCUGGACGUGGAGCAGUGUUCUCUUAAGGUAUUGGAGCCUGAAGGAAGCCCAAGCCUAUGUUUACUGAAGCUAAUGGGUGAAAAAGGUUGUACAGUCACAGAACUGAGCGACUUCCUGCAGGCAAUGGAACACACUGAAGUUCUUCAGCUUCUCAGUCCUCCAGGAAUAAAGAUCAUUGUAAACCCAGAAUCAAAGGCAGUCUUAGCUGGACAAUUUGUGAAACUCUCUUGCCGGGCAACUGGACAUCCUUUUGUACAAUAUCAAUGGUUCAAAAUGAAUAAAGAGAUUCCAUAUGGGAAUGCAUCAGAACUUAUUUUUAACACAGUGCAUGUAAAAGACGCAGGCUUUUAUGUCUGUCGAGUUAAUAAUAAUUUCACCUUUGAAUUCAGCCAGUGGUCACAGCUGGAUGUUUGUGAUGUCACAGAAGUAGCAGAAAGCUUCCGAAGAAGUUUGGAUGGCAUCUCUGAAUCCAAGUUGCAAAUCUGUGUUGAACCAAAGGCCCAAAAGUUGUUGCCAGGCAGCACUUUGGUUUUACAGUGUUUUGCUAUUGGAAGCCCUAUUCCUCACUACCAGUGGUUCAAAAAUGAAUUACCAUUAGCACAUGAGACAAAAAAGGUAUACAUGGUGCCUUAUGUGGAUUUGGAACAUCAAGGAACCUAUUGGUGUCAUGUAUAUAAUGAUCGAGAGAGUCAAGACAGCAAGAAGGUAGAAGUCAUCAUAGGAAGAACAGAUGAGGCAGUGGAGUGCACUGAAGAUGAAUUAAAUCAUCUGGGGCAUCCUGAUAAUAAAGAGCAAAUAACUGACCAACCAUCAGCAAAGGACAAGGUUGCUCUUUUGAUAGGAAAUAUGAAUUACUGGGAGCACCCAAAGCUCAAAGCUCCUUUGGUGGAUGUAUAUGAAUUGACCAACAUAUUAAGACAGCUAGAUUUCAAAGUUGUCUCCCUGUUGGAUCUUACUGAAUAUGAGAUGCGUAAUGCCGUGGAUGAAUUUUUACUACUUCUAGACAAAGGAGUAUAUGGGUUAUUGUAUUAUGCAGGACAUGGUUAUGAAAACUUUGGGAACAGCUUUAUGGUCCCCGUUGAUGCCCCCAAUCCAUAUAGGUCUGAAAAUUGUCUGUGUGUACAGAAUAUACUGAAAUUGAUGCAGGAAAAAGAAACAGGACUCAAUGUGUUCUUGUUGGAUAUGUGUAGGAAAAGAAAUGACUAUGAUGAUACCAUUCCAAUCUUGGAUGCACUUAAAGUCACCGCCAAUAUUGUGUUCGGAUAUGCCACGUGUCAAGGAGCAGAAGCUUUUGAAAUCCAGCAUUCUGGAUUGGCAAAUGGAAUCUUCAUGAAAUUUUUAAAAGACAGAUUAUUAGAAGACAAGAAAAUAACAGUGUUACUGGAUGAAGUUGCAGAAGAUAUGGGUAAAUGUCACCUUACCAAAGGCAAACAGGCUCUAGAGAUUCGAAGUAGUUUAUCUGAAAAGAGAGCGCUUACUGAUCCAAUACAGGUGACAGCAUAUUCUGCAGAAUCCCUGGUGCGGAAUCUACAGUGGGCCAAGGCUCAUGAACUUCCAGAAAGUAUGUGUCUUAAAUUUCAAUGUGGGGUUCAAAUUCAAUUAGGAUUUGCGGCUGAGUUUUCUAAUGUCAUGAUAAUCUAUACAAGUAUAGUCCACAAACCACCAGAGAUAAUAAUGUGUGAUGCCUAUGUUACUGAUUUUCCACUUGACCUAGAUAUUGACCCAAAAGAUGCAAAUAAAGGGACGCCUGAAGAAACUGGCAGCUAUUUAGUAUCAAAGGAUCUUCCCAAGCAUUGCCUCUAUACUAGACUCAGUUCACUGCAAAAAUUAAAGGAACAUCUAAUCUUCACAGUAUGUUUGUCAUAUCAGUACUCAGGAUUGGAAGACACUGUAGAGGAAAAGCAGGAAGUGAACGUUGGGAAACCUCUCAUUGCUAAAUUAGACAUUCAUCGAGGUUUGGGAAGGAUGACUUGCUUUCAAACUUGUCUUAUGUCUAAUGGCCCUUACCAGAGCUCUGCAGCCACCUCAGGGGGUGCAGGGCAUUAUCAUUCAUCUCAAGACUCAUUCCAUGCUGUUUACCAUUCACAUCUUGGUAAUUCAAAUAGUGUUAUGCCAUCAGGUAGUUGUCAUUGCAGCCGGACUCCAGAUGCAUUUAUUUCAAGUUACCACACCCACCACUAUUCAUGUCAGUUUGGUAGAAGCAAUGUGCCAGUAGAGACCACUGAUGAAAUUCCAUUCGGUUUCUCUGACAGGCUCAGGAUUUCCGAAAACUGACCUCCCUGUUUUUGAAAGUGAGCAUCAUUACUAGAUGCCUGGUGUGAAAUAGUGCUUACAUAAAGUGAGGCUUUGUGAAAAGGCAAGUAUGUACAUGUAGAGAGGGGAAAUUAGUAGCAGCUGUUUCCUAACAAACUCAGGACUUUCAGAUGUUGGAAUUAUGUUAUUUAAUCACAGACAUCCUCUUCCUCUUUUU